UUUACAACUGCAUGAAACCUUCUCAGAGCCCCAUCUCCCUGUUAUCUCUCCGCAGAAAGCUCCCAUUCAUAUGUGUCCGGAUACAGCCUGAAUGACAGAGUCUACCAGAUCUUCAGUCCUCCUCGGAGGGGAUCUCACCAAGACAUGGGACCUCCGCCAUCACCCAGAGCCUGUUUCUUUCUCCUCGUCCUGCAGAGAGUGGCUGAGGCCCAGCAGAAUACUCAGCCUCACUCUAUUAAGAUAGACGGGGACAUUACUUUGGGGGGACUGUUCCCGGUUCACGCCAAAGGUCCAGCAGGGGUUCCUUGCGGAGAAAUAAAGAAGGAAGCUGGGGUACAUCGGAUGGAGGCUAUGCUGUAUGCGCUGGAUCAAAUUAAUGGGGACCCCGAGCUCCUUCCCAACCUGACGCUGGGGGCUCGUAUUUUAGACACGUGCUCCCGGGACACCUACGCACUGGAACAGUCCCUCACGUUUGUUCAGGCACUGAUUCAGAAGGACACCUCAGACAUUCGCUGUUCCAACGGAGAGCCGGCUAUUCUCAACCGCCCGGAGAAGGUGGUGGGAGUUAUCGGAGCCUCCGCUAGUUCCGUCUCCAUCAUGGUGGCCAAUGUGUUGAGAUUGUUUGCUAUCCCCCAAGUAAGUUACGCCUCCACCGCGCCGGAGCUCAGCGACAAUAACCGGUACGACUUCUUCUCGCGGGUGGUGCCGCCGGACUCGUACCAAGCGCAGGCCAUGGUGGAUAUCGUUAAGGCGCUUGGCUGGAAUUAUGUGUCAACACUGGCGUCGGAAGGCAACUACGGGGAGAGUGGAGUGGAGGCUUUCGUACAGAUCUCGCGUGAAGCUGGAGGGGUGUGUAUUGCUCAGUCUAUCAAGAUACCGCGCGAACCACGUCCCGGGGAGUUUGAUAAGGUGAUAAGAAGGCUGCUGGAGACACCCAAUGCCCGCGGAAUCAUUAUCUUUGCCAACGAAGACGACAUCAAGCGUGUUCUAGAAGCGGCGCAACGAGCCAAUCAUACAGGUCACUUCUUGUGGGUGGGCUCGGACAGCUGGGGUUCCAAAACCUCCCCUGUCUUGGGGCAGGAAGAAGUGGCAGAGGGAGCUGUAACUAUCCUGCCAAAGAGGGCAUCUAUUGACGGUUUCGACCAGUAUUUUAUUAGCCGGACAUUGGAGAACAACCGGCGCAACAUCUGGUUUGCAGAAUUCUGGGAAGACGAUUUUAAGUGCAAACUGACCAGAACCGCAGCCCAACCGGAGGAGGCCAGGAGAAAGUGCACCGGGGAGGAGAGAAUUAGCAGAGAAUCUGUUUACGAGCAAGAGGGAAAAGUCCAGUUCGUCAUUGACGCAGUGUAUUCGAUGGCUCAUGCAUUACACAAUAUGCACAUUGACCUUUGCCCUGGAAGCAUUGGGGUCUGUGAUAGUAUGGAUCCUAUGGACGGACGGCUGCUCCUGCAGUACAUACGCAGAGUUAACUUUAAUGGAAGUGCCGGAACUCCUGUUAUGUUCAACGAAAAUGGAGAUGCACCGGGACGGUAUGACAUUUUCCAGUAUCAGAUGACCAAUACCACUGCUCCAUCCUACAGAGUGAUCGGACAAUGGACAGAAUACCUGCGGCUGAAUAUUGAGGAGAUGCAAUGGUACGGUGGCCAGCAGGACAUCCCAUCGUCUGUCUGCAGCCUUCCUUGCAACCCCGGGGAGCGGAAAAAAAUGGUGAAGGGUGUCGCCUGCUGCUGGCACUGCGAGCUGUGCGACGGGUACCAAUUCCAGCUGGACGACUUCAACUGCCAGGCUUGCCCCUUUGAUAUGCGGCCCAAUCUGAACCGAACGGCCUGCCGUCCGACGCCGAUCGUGAAACUGGAGUGGCAUUCCGCUUGGGCCGUCCUGCCUCUCUUCUUGUCCAUUUUGGGCAUCCUCAGUACCCUGUUUGUGGUGGGUACAUUGGUACGCUUUAACGAUACGCCCAUUGUGCGGGCAUCUGGGCGAGAGCUGAGCUACGUCCUUCUCACAGGAAUCUUUCUGAUGUACGCAAUUACCUUCCUGAUGAUGGCAGAGCCCGGCGUGGCUGUCUGUGCCCUCCGGCGACUGUUCCUGGGCCUAGGCAUGUGUAUUUCCUAUGCUGCCCUUCUGACCAAAACCAACAGGAUCUAUCGUAUAUUUGAACAGGGGAAGCGCUCAGUGACUCCGCCUCGUUUCAUUAGCCCCGGCUCCCAGCUGGCCAUCACCUUUAGCCUCAUCUCUGUGCAGCUGGUGGGGACGGCCGUUUGGUUGGCGAUAUUGCCCCCGCACAGCGUGAUUGACUACGAGGAGCAACGAACGCCCAACCCUGAGCUAGCCAGAGGGGUAUUGAAAUGUGACAUGUCUGAUUUGUCUCUGGUCAGCUGCUUAAUGUACUCCAUCUUGCUGAUGGUUACCUGUACUGUCUAUGCGGUAAAGGCCCGGGGGGUGCCUGAAAACUUCAAUGAGGCGAAACCAAUCGGAUUUACCAUGUACACAACUUGUAUCGUCUGGCUGGCGUUUGUUCCCAUCUUCUUUGGCACCGCACAGUCUGCUGAGAAGAUCUAUAUCCAGACCACCACGUUGACAGUUUCGAUGAGCUUGAGUGCUUCUGUCUCCCUGGGAAUGCUUUAUGUCCCCAAGGUUUACAUCAUCCUCUUCCACCCUGAGCAGAAUGUGCAAAAGCGCAAAAGGAGCUUCAAGGCAGUGGCUACAGCCGCCACAAUGUCUACGCGCCUGUCCCAGAAAAACAACGAGCGGCAGAAUGGAGAGAGCAAGCCUCCUGAGAAGAGCCUCCCCGAGAGCAAGUGA